CCAGCGGGCGGGCGGGCAGGCGGGCUGUUGGGGCGGGGAGGUGGGACCCGGAGAGGGGUGGCCGUGGGGCCCGGCCGGGCUGGGGUGGGGGGCCGCAGCCAUGAUCCGGGCCUUCUCGUUCCCGGUGAGCCCCGAGCGGGGCCGGCUGCGGGGCUGGCUGGAGGGCAGCCUGGCCGGGCUCUGCGAGUUGCACUGGCUCCGGGAGAGGCAGGAGUACCGCGUGCAGCAGGCGCUGCGGCUGGCCCAGCCCGGAAUGGGGGGCGCCGAGGCCGAGGACGAGGAGGACGCCGAUGAGGACGAAGAUGCGGCGGCGGCGCGCCGGGCCGCAGCGGCCCUGGAGGAGCAGCUGGAGGCCUUGCCCGGGCUCAUCUGGGACCUGGGCCAGCAGCUGGGAGACCUGAGCCUGGAGUCUGGGGGCCUGGAACAGGAGAGCGGGCGCAGCUCAGGCUUCUAUGAAGACCCCAGCUCCACGGGAGGUCCAGACUCACCACCCUCUACCUUCUGUGGGGACAGUGGCUUCUCUGGAUCUGGCUCCUAUGGACGCCUGGGUCCCUCGGAACCCCGGGGCAUCUAUGCCAGCGAGAGGCCCAAGUCCCUAGGAGACGCCAGUCCCAGCGCUCCAGAGGCGGUGAGCGCUCGGGUAGCCGUGCCGCGAUCAUACUCGGCGCCCUACCCGACGGGCGCGGGCUCUGCGGGCCCGGAGGCCUGCUCCUCCGCGGAGCGGCGGGCCCGCGCCGGGCCCUUCCUGUCGCCCAGUCCCCUGCAUGCCGUGGCGCUGCGCAGCCCGCGGCCCUGCAGCAGGCCUCCAGCAGACUCGCCCGACGCCUCGGGCGCGGGGCGACCCCUGGACGGCUACAUCUCGGCGCUCCUGCGCAGGCGCCGCCGCCGGGGGGCGGGCCACCCGGACCAAACGCCCCGGGCCACGCCCCUGGGGCGCGCCUUGCAGGCCCCGCCUCCGCCACCAUCCCCUAUGGGCUGCUCCGUGUUCGAGUUCCCCCCUCCACCCUUCUGUGUCCGGGUCUCCGAGCCGGGUCUGCAUCCCCCGCCCGCCGGCGCCGGCGCCCUGCCCUCCGAAGGUCCACCCCCGCCUACAGCUUCGGCGUCGGUGGGCUGCGGGCGCCCCCGUGUGGCCAUCAGGGGGCUGUCGCGAGAGGCCCGAGGGCUGAGUGUGGGCGACGCAAGGGUGUGCUGA